CGGCAUGUCGACACUACCCGAGAACAUCCUGGACAACAUGGUCAUUGCGCCCAUCUAUGAGGCGUACCGCGAGGCUCACGCCAGCUCCCUCAAGGAGCACACCAUCCACCACAUAGACGGCACCGCCUUCAACCAGGUCUUCUUCCUCUCCUACGCACUGGGCCUCUGCGAGAACAUGGACAAAACGGCGCUCCGUGACAUGGUCCUGGAAGGAAGGGUCAGCCCCGCCAGGUUUCGGGUGAACGUGGCGCUCAUGAACUUCAACAAGUUCGGCAAGAUCUUUGGGUGCGCUCCGGGCACCCCCAUGAAUCCAAUCCGAAAGUGCACCGUCUGGAUGAAGCACGAGUGAAAUGCUGCUGUUCUACGUGGUUAAAAAAAAAGAAAA